GUAGCUAAUUCCAUGCGCGAGGAGGUGCAGUUGUGCAUCAUGCCGAGGACGCGCGGGGUCAAGGCAGCGCUCCUGUGUUGGACUCUCCGCUCAGUGAAAAUAGCUUGGAGACCGACAGAAACAGUUUCACACAUCGAUGUGUGUGCCACAAAUCUGGUCUCGUACCUCCAACGAAUUCAUCUUACUGACACAUGUGAGCCAAGAAUACAGGAAUAAUCGAGGGAGACGCGUUGGUUUCUGGCUAGUUAAUUUUUUUAAACAUUUUUUAUAGCGAGUGAAAUCACUGCUGGUUACGAAAUGUCUGGGAAAAUAGAGAGUAAGCAAGACUCGCAGCGCUCCCACCUCUCCUCUUUCACCAUGAAGCUGAUGGACAAGUUCCACUCGCCCAAGAUCAAGAGGACGCCAUCGAAGAAGGGCAAGCAGUUGCAGGUCGAACCAGUGGUCAAGAGCCAAGAAAAACCUGUCAACAAGAAGGUGAGUCGGCUGGAGGAGCAGGAGAAGGAGGUGGUGAGCGCGCUGCGCUACUUCAAAACCAUCGUGGACAAGAUGGUGGUGGAGAAGAAGGUGCUGGAGAUGCUGCCUGGCUCGGCCAGCAAGGUGCUGGAGGCCAUUCUACCUCUGGUGCAGGUGGAGGCCCGGAUAACACACAGUUCGGCUGUGUCGUCGUGUCACAACCGGGUGUACCAGAGCCUUGCCAACCUGAUCCGCUGGUCCGACCACGUCAUGCUGGACGGCAUCGACCUUGAUGACAAGGACAACGUGGUCGCGGUCACGACAGUCAUCAAAGCCGUCCUGGAUGGGGUCAAGGAGCUGGUCAAACUCACCAUAGAGAAACAGGAGCAACCCUCCCCCACCAUACCCAACAAACCCCCACCACCACCUGUCACUACACCAGAGAGGUCAGAGUUGCCACUGACAGAACGGGAGAGGGAGAUCCUGAGUAAGACCCCGCUCACCGAUGCUGUGACGGACAUGGCAGAGGAGGACGUAGCUCCGCCCAAACCCCCCCUCCCUGGCCUGAAAAUGGAUGCACUCAGAGCACACUUGGCUACUGACCCCACUUUCGCUGGCCAACGGAGAUCCACAAAGACUGACACUCCUCCUCCAGCUUUGCCCCCAAAGAAACGUCAGUCGGCCUCGUCGCCCACUCGGGUGGCAGUGGUGGCCCCCAUGAGCCGCGGCUCCAGCCUGCCUUGCAGCGUCCACAGACAGCAGCAGGACUAUGAGCAGGAGUUCCUCCAGAGGCGUUUCUCGGGGGGCAGCCAGUCGUAUGGGUGUGACUCUCCGCGCCUCUCGCCCUACAGCAGCAUGGGGAAGCUCAGCAGGUCUGAAGAGCAGCUCUGCUCCAUGGAACAGGACAGUGGACAGUGCUCCAGAAAUACUAGCUGUGAGACACUGGACAACACAGAGAGUUACGACCCCGACUAUGACUUCCUCCACCAGGACCUCGCUGUCUUCACAGGGGACACCCACCUGCCCUCCACUGCCACCCCCUCAGGGGUCAUGUCCCUGUCCCCCCUCCCCGAGUCCCACAGUGAGUGCUCCUCUCCCGUGCCUCCUCACCCCCGGUUCAGGUCACCACCCGCCCCCCACCACCAACAACCCCACCCACCCCAGUCUGAGUACUGGACACCCCAGCCCGGUUCCCACAUCAUCCCCUUACAACCAUCCCGCAUCAGUGCUCCUCCAGCAUUACCCCAGAAGAAGCGGCGCAGCUCCCAGGUUUCACCCUAUCAGGACGGGUGUGGCUCCUCGGGGGGGCCCCUCAACGAGAGGUCCCCUUCCCAAUACGAUAACCUGUCGGAGGAGGAGCUGCUGCACCCCACGCCCCUCUUCACUCCCAACUCGCCCAUGCCCCAGAGCAACGGGGGGGUGUUCGUGGCCCAGUACCUGGCUAGCGAGAGCGCCGACCUGCCCUCUAGUCCACCGCCUCUGCCUGAGAAGAGGAGCAAGAAGGGGGGGGGGGGGGUCCUGGCGUACAUGCAGUUUGUGGAGGACUACUCAGAGCCCCAGCCCUCAGUGUUCUACCAGACCCCACAGAAUGAGAGCAUCUAUGAGCAGAGGAACAAACGCUUCCAGGACGUCUACGGCCUCAACGACUCCUUCAGUAGCACCGACUCGGUCCACGAACCCCUUCCCAUACCCCUCUUCCCGCCCCCCGCCCUGCCCCCCAAGCAGAGGCAGCUGUCUUCCUCCCCCUCUUCCUCCUCAUCCUCCUCUCUGUCAUGCCACCUCCAGCUGCCAUUGGUGGUGGCGGCAGAGGAGGCGGGCUCUGGCCUAGGCCUCAGCCUAUUGGUUUCUAGCUCCUCCUACCUGAGUGGACAUGCCUCGCUGACCACGCCCAUGAGUUCAGACCAGGUCGCCUUGACCAAUGCCACCAUAUUGGAUGGCAGCAGGGGCAGGCCCAACGGUUCCCUGGCCAACUCAUUGGGCUCUGUUGCCAUCUGUCUUCCUCCUCCUGAGACCACUUCUCUUCUAACUGACUCUCUCCUCCGCACCUCGGCAGUGAGCGUCGACGAGGGUGGCGAGGGCGAGUAUGUCAACCUGUACUCAUCCAGCCAGGCCAAUGGGGAGCUGGAGCUGCCUCCCUGCCUCAGACCAAUCGCUGCUGACGAUGUCAUUCAAGACCCCGCGCCACAAAUGCACUCCUCCAAUAGCAAGGAGGCUCUGGACAAGGACAGCAGGAGGCAGAAGUCGACAGACUCGGUCCAGAGCGAUGAGGAGGAAGUGGAUGAGCUCUCUCUCAUCGACCACAAAGAGAUCAUGUCCCGGAUAACACUCAAACAGGAGAAUGACGAUGGUCCUGAUGUGCGUGCUGGAUCAGGGGAUAUUCUGUUAGUCCACGCCACAGAGACAGACCGCAAAGGACCACAUACACCUAGGUUCUGUCACAGUCCAGACACGUUUAAGAAGCGCGUCAGCAAGAACACCUUCUUUGUGCUCGUUAGACUGGUGGACGAACUGUGUCUGGUGGAGUUAACGGAGGACAUCCUGAAGCAGCUGAUGGACCUGGUGUUCAGGCUGGUGUGUAACGGCGAGCUGAGCCUGGCCCGCGUGCUUCGCAAGAACAUCCUGGACAAGGUCUGUCCAACAACACCACUACCUUCCCCUCAACACCACUACCUUCCCCUCAACACCACUACCUUCCCCUCAACACCACUACCUUCCCCUCAACACCUUCACCUCCCUCAACACCUUCACCUCAACACUCUUAGCAGUUGAUGUUAUUCUUUAAUAACGCGGAACCCAAAGCAAAUCAGGGGGAGGAAAAUAGGUUUAUUCAAAGAGGAUAAAUCAUAGAUGUUAUACUGAGAGGUAGAUG